CUCUCUUUGUUUUACUAGGUCUCUGACUAUUUUGUUGAUCAUAUCAAGACUUUUCUGUUUUACACAAGUAAAUACAAAAAAUAACAACCAUGAAUUCUUUCGGUGGAAGAUUAAACACAAGAUUUUAUUUUGACAAUUCUUCAAGAAGUCUUGAUUCAAAUGACAACAAGAACGAAGAACGGAAGUGGGAUUUGUUUGAGUUCAAAAACGGAGUUGAAAGUCCAAAGCAGUCUUUUAUUACACCGUUUUAUACUUCUUCUUUCACCUCUACAAACCCAAAUCAGUUCUUGGAUCCUCCUUUCUUCUCCUUCAAUUCCAAUAUUAUUUCAUCUUCAGGGAGUUAUUCUGAUUUUCAUUUCAAGGAGGAAAAAGCAAAUGAUACUAAUUUAAAUUUUCAAUCUCAAAUAUGGCCUACCUCAUCUUCCAUUUCCGGAAACAAGAAGCAGGAAGAAUCUACGAAGAGUCAAGCUCUGGAUUGGAAUGUUGAAAGUCAACAGAAACCAAUUGACUUCUCGAUAGAAAUCAGCAAAACUGAACCGAAAUCCAUACAGUCACCUCAAAGCCAUAGUAAUUUUAACUCAAUUCAAGCUACUAAUGAGCAAAGCCGAUAUCAAGAUGGUUACAAUUGGAGAAAAUAUGGUCAAAAACUAAUCAAAAGAAGCAAUAAUCCUCAAAGUUAUUAUAAGUGUACUUAUCCUAAUUGUCCAACGAAGAAGAAAGUAGAGAAGGACUUGAAUGGGAUUAUCACCAAGAUCAUUUACAAAGAAAAACAUAAUCAUACAAUGCCUACAAACUUUCAGAAAUCUUCCUCAAACUCGUUUAACAACACGAUAUUUGAGCAUUCAAACCGUUUCCAGCCCUAUUCUGAAUGUUCCUUCAUAGAACACGAGCAAGAGCAAGGAUCUUUGAUUUGCGAAUCGAGAAUUGAUCACGAAAAUGAGCCCGAGGCUAAGAGAUGGAAAUUAGAUGAGGUUGAGAGUGAAGCGAUCUCUUCUGGUUUGAGUAAAACCCUUGAAGAACCAAGACUAGUUGUUGAAACCAAAAGUGACAUUGAUAUACUUGAUGAUGGAUACAAAUGGAGAAAAUACGGGCAAAAAGUAGUUAAAGGAAAUAUGAAUCCAAGAAGCUACUACAAAUGCACAUACGUAGGGUGUCGAGUACGAAAGCUCGUCGAACGAGCCUCGCAUGAUUUUCAGUCCGUGAUCACGACCUAUGAAGCCAGGCAUAACCAUAGCGCGCCUAUGCCACGUCGUGGUGUCAAUUACGCCAUCAACCAAGCAUCCACAUCUACCACAACCACAACUAGUAACAAUUGUGGGGUCGUGAUAUCUAGGCCUCUACCAAACUACACAAAUAACUUUAAUGGUAGGAAGGGUUUCACCGGUAGUCAAACUCAUAUUCUACAAGCAUUAGAGAACUCGACAAAUUAUAGUUAUUCUGAAAAAUUCGUAUCUGAAUCCAGCACCGGAGUUAAGAAUUCAAAGAAUCAGCAUAUUAGCUUCUUAACAAAACGAAUGUAUCUUCACGAUGGAAAAGAGGUUUUACUCUAUGCAAGUUUGAUCGAUUCUUCUCCUUUUCCUCACCGGGCUACUUCUACUUUUUUGGCAAUGAAAACCGGCAUUAAUCGCUAA